AUGAGCCAGAAAAUUCCAAGCUUGGACAGUAUACCGGCCUUCCAUUUUUACCCAGUUCAUACCUCACUGUCGGCCCACUACAGAGCCGCGGCUCGCAAUUUGGACAUAAAUAUAUGUUGUGACGAAGGACAGAAACGGUCGGAAAUAAGAAAUAGAAAUGUCGAGACAGCAUGGACUACCAAGUCGCAAUUUCAGAAGACACCCACAACUCACGUUUUGGAAUGCUAUUCUAUCACUCCUCAUGGGUGUCAGCUCGCCAUCCAAAUACCAAGAAUUCAGCUCGGAAGUGCAUUCCCAAAAUUCUGCGGCAAGAGGCUCGACUUGGAUUCUUUCAUAACAAGCACCUACGGUCUAACCGAAGUCAUUCUCACCAACUGGUGUUUCCUGGUAGCCACUCCCUCCCGCGGUGCCCUCCCUUCCCUCUGUGGUGCCAACACUCCCCGUCGUGCUGCCCUCCUGUACCUACCCCGUCUACCAACAAGUGCCGGCAACGGUACUGGCUGCAUUCAAGAACACUGUUUGUGUCUGUCCCCUUAG